CCCCGUCUCCUUUUGGGGUAUGUCCAUUACCGGGAAGAAAUUAUCCCAAACUUUGGCAGGCAGGCAAGGAAUCAAUAAGACUCACUUUUAUUCCUGGCAGAGGGACAAAGGGGCAGAGGAGAUAGCGAACAGGCCCCCUUGUCCGCCUGCCCCUUCUGAAAGCAGCCUGUGCUGAAGCAGAGCAAGAGGGACGUUGUGGGAUCUGCCUGCGUGCUGCAGGAUACUGCAUAUUUAAAGAGUUUGGGAAUCUCCUUCAACUCCUUGGAUGCAUCCCCAAGGGAAAAAGGAGGAUUGUUCUGAAUAAAGAAACAACAGCAUUCCCAGAACAGGAAGAGGGUCCUCUUUGAGCUGGGGCGGGGAGUGUGUGCGGAUAACUUUGCUUUGGGUUGAGACCGGAGAUGAGAAGGAAUAACCACCACCCCGCCCCCCGUUCUCUCCACCUUCAGGACGAACCACGCUUCACGUCGGGAACCAGCGAAGGGGCAACUGGGCCAUUCUGCUUAAACCAAUGCUAGAUUUAGAAGUGCUUCCCGAACGGUCUCUUGGGAAUGAACAAUGGGAAUUCACCCUGGGAAUGCCAUUGGCUCAGGCUGUAGCAAUUGUUCAGAAACACUGUCGUAUCAUCAAAAAUGUCCAAGUUCUCUACAGUGAACAAUCUCCUCUUAGCCAUGACCUCAUCCUUAACCUGACUCAGGACGGAAUCAAACUGCUAUUUGAUGCUUUCAAUCAAAGACUAAAGGUGAUUGAAGUUUAUGACUUGACUAAAGUGAAGUUAAAGUACUGUGGUGUUCAUUUUAACUCCCAAGCUAUUGCUCCCACCAUUGAACAAAUUGAUCAGUCUUUUGGAGCCACCCAUCCAGGAGUGUACAACUCUGCUGAACAGCUUUUCCAUCUAAACUUCAGGGGACUGUCUUUUUCCUUUCAAUUGGACUCAUGGACUGAAACUCCGAAGUAUGAGCCAAACUUUGCCCAUGGCUUAGCCUCUCUGCAAAUUCCACACGGUGCAACUGUGAAACGCAUGUACAUCUAUAGUGGGAACAGUCUACAGGAUACGAAGGCACCUAUGAUGCCCCUCAGCUGUUUCCUUGGAAACGUGUAUGCAGAAUACAUUGAUGUUCUGAGAGAUGGAGCUGGACCCUCAGGUUUACGACUACGAUUGCUCACCGCAGGUUGCGGCCUGGGCGUGUUAGCCGAUGCCAAGAUGCGGGUAUCCGAGCGCUGCGUGUAUUUUGGUGAUUCGUGCCAAGACGUUCUGAGCACUUUGGGGUCUCCUCACAAGGUUUUCUACAAAUCAGAAGAUAAGAUGAAAAUUCAUUCACCCUCGCCUCACAAGCAAGUCCCUUCGAAGUGCAAUGAUUUUUUCUUCAACUACUUCACGCUUGGAGUGGACAUCCUUUUUGAUGCAAAUACCCAUAGAGUGAAGAAAUUUGUUUUGCAUACCAAUUAUCCUGGUCAUUAUAACUUCAACAUUUACCACCGCUGUGAAUUCAAGAUUCCACUAGUUAUUAAACGAGAAAGCACCGAUUCACAGAUGGAAACCUGCACAACUUAUAGCAAGUGGGAUAAUAUUCAAGACCUUCUUGGACAUCCGGUAGAAAAACCUGUUGUUCUUCACAGGUCAUCCUCUCCAAACAACACAAACCCGUUUGGGUCAACAUUUUGUUUUGGAUUACAACGGAUGAUCUUUGAGGUGAUGCAGAAUAACCACAUAGCGUCUGUCACUCUCUAUGGCCCAGCAAGACCCAACAGUCAGACGAAGACCUUAGAUCUUCCCCAGUGAGCAAUAUCCAUCAAACACAAUGCUAUGAAAUUAGUUCAGCGUGCCUUCAGUUUCUGCCACAUAUAAUGGGAAAGCACGGUGUGAUGGAGAGCGCGAGUGUGUGUGUGUGUGUGUGUGAGAGAGAGAGAGAGAGAGAGAGAGAGAUCGCCAGCAUAUAAGAAAACCUGCCCCUUGCGAUCUGUGCAUGGCGCAGGCUGGCAAUCCUCUGGAACUGUACGUUGCAGGACUUAGAGCCAGUGGUGGAGGCACACCCAGGAAGGCGGCUACGUCAUUGAUACUCUCUUCUCACUUGCCCUCGGAUUAUGCAGUGUACAUGCAAAAAGACUGGUCCGGCUUUGCCAAGCUGGACGGAGGAUGAGUUUCCGAAGAGAUUGCUCUGCAAGGACUGCACAACUUAGAAGCACAAGUUUCUCCGCCUUGGGCAUCUGGAAGCAGGUUUCUCUUUAAAUAUAUAUAUGUACCUAUAUAUAUAUGUAUGUAUACGUAUAAUUUUUUUUCUUUCUUUCCCAUCUGUGUUUGCGUUAAAUGUAUUGUGAAUAGUGUUCGUUUUAUUUUGUUUCUGAAAAAAAAAAAGAAUAAGACAAGGAUAUGGGUGGAUCCAUACUCAUGCAGAGCUCAUGUAUAGGUGUAUAUAUAAAAUAAAGUACACGGGCAUUUCUGUAGCUUGGAAUAUCAUACCAGGCUCGACUAGUAGAUAGAGACAUGUCCAUAAUUUCAGACAUCCGACGUUGGAAACGACACGCAAAGCAACAUAAAGACUUGGUUGUGAUUUUUUUUUUUUUUUUUGCACUACAUACACUUUAAUUACUUGAUAAGACCUUUUGAACUUUACUAAGGAGCAUCUGUGUGCAGGGUGUGAGUGGGGAGUGCAGUGGCUGAAUUAAGUGUUUGCCACACAUAAACGGUGGGGAAGAAUCCUGUCUUUUUCUGCACUAAUGUUUACUUGAUGCAAUGAAGCAACUUUGUUUCCUGCCAGGUCUGGUUAACCAAACCCCAGUUUCUGGGGGGUAGGGGGCGGGGGGGAGGAACAGAACUCAAGUAGAUGAUUCCUAUGAAUUAUGCUUCUAGGAAUGGCUGGGAUACCAUUUGUUUUGUUUGUAUGCAAAACAGAUAAUAAUGCAUUCUUGGAAGAAUCAUCGUGGCUAUCUUAACUGUCCACAGCAUGAUGUGGAUCUCCUUAGAAUGUCUGGUUUCCUCUUCCUUGUCUUGUCCACAAGGUUAACGGGGAAAUUGGGGGUAUUUCUACCAGGUUCUUUUUUCCCACGUAUAUCCUGCUGAGAUGAAACAGAAAUCAUGUAGCCUUAAUGCACAGGAAGUUUCCCAAGGACUUUUGGUGGAACGCCAACCCUGGAGGAGAAUUUUCUGGGUUGUCUACUCGUAGCACAGCAGAAGGAGGACUGCCUCUUUUUUUAAUUUAAUGCCAAACUAUUAGCCAAAGAGAUCCUUAAUCUAGUUUCAACAUUUCUACAUGUAUAGAUAGGUAUACUGAUAGAGAUCAUUAUUUGGCAGACCCACUUCCUCCAUCUGCAGCAGGGAAGAAAAAUUCAGCGGCUUCUAGUUAAAGAGAAGUUACUUAUUACUUCAAGAAGAGUUAAGGGACGCAUGUGAUUCUCUUGCUGCUCUUUGUCUAAAAAAUAAUAAUAAAUUGUCUUGCUUUUCUUUCAAUAGUAACCCUUUUUACAAAACAGCGGAGAGAAUUAAAAAAAACCGCAGAGAGAGAAGUUUAUAAUUUUAUCCCAUUUUUAAUAUUUUGGUGUAGCAACUUGUGAUAUAAAUUAUAGAUGAUUUUUGUGAGUUUUGAAACUGUGUGUAAAUACAGAUUUUGUAAAUACAAAAGCAUUUUGUAAUUUUAACUCUGUGUACAGCAAAAGUGUGUAUAAAUUUAUCCACAAAUGAAGGGAUAGAGAAUUUUAGAGUGUUAAAGGUUAUGAAUCCUGGACAGGUAGCAGGAUAAAUGUAGUGUGGGUUUUCUGUAAGUGUGUGUGUGUGUCCCUCCUUUUUGCCAUUUUAGUCCUCUGUAUGCUGUUGGACUAAUAAAUAAUUAAAUCAAGGAAGCCCCACUGAAAACGUAAUAGAUAACAGGAAAGAAAAAAAAAUUAAGAUUAACCUUUAUUCUUAAAUGUUAUUCCAAGUCCUGUUUUUCCUUGGACCGUUGCUUGCUGAGAAAUUUUCUUUUUCUUUGUCCCAUGAAUUUCUGUUGUCCUAACUCUCCUGUAAAUUCUUUGAAACACAUUAACAUCUAGCAUGUACCUUGAAAGGAGAAAUAAACAAGACUCAGUUGCUGGGUAUAUGUAUUUUGCAA